AUGCCCCAAGACCUGGGUAACUGGCGUGAUCGCCCUGUGCUCCUGAAGACACCGGGCGCCACUCACUUCCUUCAAACAGAUGAAGAGAUCUGGACUGAGCCAGAGCCCGAUGGACUGAUGUACCUGCUUUCGUUAGAGCCAUCUUGCCCAACCGGGUACGGGAAAGCAUCUGCGAAAACCUUUCUGAAGUACACCAUCCUCAAGAAAAAGCUGGACGAGUUAAAUGAUGAUCGUGGAAUGUAUGUUGCCCUAAAGAGUCAACCAGUUGCUGACACUUUCGAAGUAUUGUGGCCGUCUUCUAAUAUUCCCCCCUUUGAAGAGCUUCCCUACAACCAAUCAGUACUCCAGAAUUCGGUGCUUCAGUUCGACGGAACAGGACCUACUAUGUUCAUAAUGAAAAAGGAAAAUUCUCAAAUUGUCUUCAAACCCCCAGGUGACAUGGAAUACAAUACGCUAUGUUACGUUAACAUAUUUAAGCUGCGUUGGGCUUAGAUUCCCUUCCCUGAAACGCCAAUGAUGCAUUGCGGGAAAAGCAGUUGUAGGCUAACACAGAUUUACCUCUAUGCCAUCACAGGUUCAAUAUCACUAUUAUCUAAAGCACUCCAAUGUAUGUGUGCGUGUUUCUGCGUGUAAUUAGUAAGUCACGAUAAAGGUAAAAGUUUGAUAAAGAAUAGAAAAAAAAAAUGGAUAAUAAUAGAGAUUGAAAUACCCCUGCAGCAUGA